AUGCAACAAACCACAACAAUGGCGGACAACAAAAAAAUCAAAUCACUACCAUUUCUCCUCCUCUUCUUCUCCCCGCAACUCUUCUUGUUGUUGUCAUUGUUGUUGGUUCCGGCGUCCGCCCACGAGGCGGCGGCAGGCGGCACCGCCCCUCUGGCCCCGGAGGACUACGACCCCAAGAACUUCCAGGAGCUCAACCGGGAGAAAGUCCUCGGACCCCACGAGAAGUUCGGGAACCCGUUCGGGAACAAGAACGACUACCAGAAACAGAAGCUCCCCGAAGACAUCGGGACCCCUCUGGACGAUCAGAUCGACGAUCUUCUGACAACCGACGCCAAGAAGGAGACCGUUGGCAACGCCGCCGGCCUCACUGAGUCCAAGGUGAAGGCCAUCAAGGCGGACGGAGGCCUGAAGGUGGACGCCGGUGGCGCCGCGGGCGGCGCCACCGCGUUCCAGCCCGCAGGCCUUGACGACGCCGCAGCAGGCGCCGCCGCCAAGGGAAAGCGCGCCCCCGACGUCCACCUCGUGAACCCGACCGGGUUCAACGGGAAGUGGGAGCUCUUCACCGACAACACCGGGGUGUGUUCCAUGCACGCCAUCCUGCUGCCCAAGGUGAACAAGGUUUUGAUGUACGACGCCACGAUCUGGAGGAUAUCGAAGAUCCUCCUGCCCAACGGACAGUGUCGUAUUCUAGAUGAGAAGACAGGGGAGAAGGAUUGCUUUGCUCACUCUGUUUUGAUGGACAUGACCACCGCCCAACUCACUCCACUUGAGCUAAAAACUGAUACAUGGUGUUCGUCUGGAGGCUUGACCCUGGAGGGAAACCUUGUGAGCACCGGCGGUUUCCAAGGAGGAGCUAACACGGUGAGAUACUUGGACACUUGCCCAGGCUGCACUUGGAGGGAAUACCCUACCGCUCUCGCUGCUCCUAGAUGGUACGCAACCCAGGCCCAGAUGCCGGACGGAAAGAUGAUUGUGGUCGGCGGCAGAGACGCCCACAGCUAUGAGUUCAUCCCACCGGAAGGCCAGCACAACGCGGCGCCGAUAAAGUUCGACUUCCUGACCCAGACCACCGACAAGGACGAGAACAACCUCUACCCCUUCGUCUACCUCAGCACCGACGGCAACGUCUUCAUCUUCGCCAACAACCGCGCCAUCCUUUUGAACCCCAACACCAACCAGAUCGUGAAGGAGUUGCCUCCGCUUCAAGGCGGCCACCGGAACUACCCGGCCUCCGGGCAGUCCGUCCUCCUCCCACUGAAACUUCACUCCGGCAACCAGGGCAACGUCGCCGCCGAGGUCCUCAUCUGUGGCGGCUCCGCCCACGCCGAUUCCUACACCAAGGCCGCCGAGAACGUGUUCUACGCCGCUCUCCAGGACUGCGGCCGGAUGCGGAUCACCGACCCGAACCCGGUCUGGAAGCGAGACCUCAUGCCCUCGCCCCGUCUCAUGGGUGAUAUGUCACUUCUACCCUCCGGCGAGGUCCUGAUCCUCAGCGGCGCUAAAAGAGGAUCUUCUGGAUGGGGUUUCGCUCGGGACCCUAAUUUCACACCCGUCCUCUACAAUCCACGUGUCAAGCGAGGAGAGAGGUUCAGAGAGCUCGCUCCGACCACCAUCCCCAGGAUGUACCACUCCACCGCCACCGUUCUCCAGGACGGCAGGGUCCUGGUCGCCGGCAGCAACACCAACAACGGCUACAUCUACGACGCGAUGUUCCCGACGGAGUUGAGGGCGGAGAAGUUCUCGCCGCCUUACCUGGACCCCGCGCUCGAGAAGUUCAAGCCCCAGAUCGACCCCGCGGCGACGCCGGAGAAGCUCGGGUACAACCAGAAGAUCGCCGUGCAGUUUAAAGUGAACCAGGUCGAACCGGUGAAGCAGGAGAACGUCAGGGUGACGAUGUACGUGCCGGCGUUCACCACCCACAGUGUCUCGAUGAACAUGAGGCUGUUGGACUUGGGCUUGGAGGCGGUGAAGCCCAAUGGGCCUGGAGUCUAUAGCAUCGAUGUAUGGACCCCUCCCAACACCACGAUUGCUCCGACAGGGUAUUACUUGUUGUUCGUUGUAAAUCAGGGGGUGCCGAGUGAAGGGAUCUGGGUUCAGAUUAAGUGA